AUGGCAGCAAACCAUCUGAACAUCAACGCCUACACCUGGGCCUGCGGUCUUUUUGCGGCGGUUGGCUCCCUAUUAUAUGGUAUUGACUCGGGCAUUGUAUCGACGGUCAUCGCCCAGCCAGAGUUUCUGGACUAUUUUGCACCAUUCACGCCAAGUAUCAAAGGAGCCGUCGUGAGCACGUUUGGAGCAGGCACUGUCUUCGGCGUGUUCUUCGCAGGCUGGAGUGCGGAUGCCCUGGGCCGAAAGAAGACCAUCGCGAUCGGAGCGGUGAUCGCGCUGAUUGCUGGAAUAAUUCAGGCCGCCACCGUCCACGUUGGCAUGCUGAUCGCCGGGCGGAUCGUGGGCGGGUUUGCUGUUGGCAUCAUGAACAUGACGAUUCCAAUCUACAACUCGGAGAUCGCUCCGUCACAUAAACGCGGUCUGAUUGCGGGUCUGCAUGCGCAGUUUGUGGGGUUUGGAUUUGCUCUUGCAAAUUGGGUAGGGUUUGGGUGCUCGUAUGCAACGGGCGAGUUCCAAUGGCGGUUUCCCCUUGCAUUCCAAUGUCUUCCGGGCCUGGUGAUUCUCGUGGGUAUUUUCUGGCUGCCAUAUUCGCCCCGCUGGCUGCUCGAACAAGAUCGCGACGAUGAGGCCCUUGCAGUCAUCAAACGCCUCCAUGGGCAAAACCCUGCAGACGAUUCGUCCGUCCGAGCAGAGUUCUAUCAGAUACGAGAGCAAUUGCAUUUCGAAAAGACCCAGUACGUUGCUGGGUGGGCGGACCUCUUCAACCGGUCCAGCAACCGCAAGCGUCUGGUCCUCGCUGUUCUUGUUCAGGCUUUCACGCAGCUAUCGGGAAUCAAUGUAAUAAACUACUAUCAGACAGACCUUUACAAGGGACUGGGAAUGGAAGGGCACAAUGUCACAUUGCUCGCGGGUAUCUAUGGCCUGGUCGGACCACUGGCCAACUUGGUCUGUCUGUAUUAUGUUGACACCUGGGGCCGCAAGAAGACCCUUUGGAUUACGGGCAUAGCGAUGUCGCUUGACAUGGCGCUCGUCAUGGGUCUCUCAGGCGGGUUCGUGGAUAGUGACAACAUGGUUGCCAAAGGGUUCACCAUUGCGUUCAUAUUCUGCUUCACGAUGAUAUACUCCCUCGGAUACAACUCGAUUCACUACAUUUAUGUCCCUGAAAUCAUGUCGAUGGCCAUCCGGGCAAAGGGCUCGUCCAUUUCGGUCGUCUGCAACGUCCUCAUCAACAUCAUCUUUAAUCAGGUGUCGCCAGUUGCGUUUGACAACGUCGGGUAUAGAUACUAUGCACUGUUUGUAUGUACGAAUAUUGUAGGGGCGAUCACGGUGUUCGGCUACUUCCCGGAGACCAAGGGCAAGACGCUGGAGGAGAUCGGCAAGAUCUUUGGGGACGAUGUGGUGGUGACUGAUCUCCAGCAAGUGCGAGAGAAGAUUGAGGCUAGUGAAGCAGUUGAGAGAGUGGAGGAGCAAGUGGAGGAGCGAAAGUGA